AUGAUGGGAAAUCAGACAUGGGUCACAGAAUUCAUUCUCCUGGGAUUCCUGCUCAGCCCAAGCAUGCAGCUGCUCCUCUUUGUGCUCUUCUCUCUGUUCUACGCUUUCACCCUGCUGGGCAACGCAGUCAUUCUGGGGCUCAUCUGGCUGGACUCCCGACUGCACACCCCCAUGUACUUCUUUCUCUCACACCUGGCCAUUGUUGAUAUUUCAUAUGCUUCAAACAAUGUCCCAAAGAUGCUGGAAAACCUUCUGAACAAGGAAAAAACUAUCUCCUUUGUCCCAUGCAUAAUACAGAUCUUUUUAUACAUGGCUUUUGCUCACACUGAGUGUCUCCUCUUGGUAAUGAUGUCCUAUGAUCGGUACGUGGUCAUCUGCCACCCCCUCCAGUACCCUGUCAUCAACUGGAGAGUGUCCACAAUCCUGGCUGCCAUUUCCUGGGCGUGUGGUUCCCUCCUGGCUCUGGUCCAUGUGGUUCUCAUCCUGAGGCUGCCCUUCUGUGGGCCUCAGGAAAUCAACCACUUCUUCUGUGAGAUCCUGUCUGUCCUCAGGCUGGCCUGCGCUGACACUAGGCUCAACCAGGUUGUCAUCUUUGCUGCUUCUGUAUUUAUCUUAGUGGGGCCCCUCAGCUUGGUGCUGGUGUCCUACACACGCAUCCUCGUUGCUAUCCUGAGGAUCCACUCUGGAGAGGGUCACAGAAAGGCCUUCUCCACCUGCUCCUCUCACCUCUGUGUGGUUGGUCUCUUCUUUGUCAGUGCCAUCGUCAUAUACAUGGCCCCCAAAUCCUACCAUCCUGAAGAGCAGCAGAAGAUCCUUUCCCUGUUUUAUAGCCUUUUCAACCCUAUGCUGAACCCGCUGAUCUACAGCCUGAGGAACGCAGAAAUCAAGGGUGCCCUGAGGAGAGUGAAGUGGAAACAGAGAGCAGUGUGA